GAAUGCCGCGGUCAGUGGUCCGUUGUUGAGGUUGUUGUGUGGGCUCUCCUCCUCGUCGAGAUCAGUCGGUCCGGAGGAAGCAACGACGACGUGCGCUCGUGCUGCUGCAAGAUCCGCGAGGCGAAGCUGUUUGUGAUACAUCGUGCGAGCGACGCGACGGUUCAGUUUCCAGUAUUUUCGGCUUCAAGAGCCAUGGCCACCCAGAGUCGCAUCAAUGUUUUCAGUGACGAAAAUCAUGUACUCGGUGGUUUCCCAAGUGCGGACCUUCGCGGCAAGCGGGCGCCGAUUACAGUUUUGUCUGAAAUGGGCGCCAAUCAUCAGAUAAAUAAUUGCCUUGCUCUACAGCCUCAAAAUAUACCCGGCUUUUUCGACCGUAAGCCACUGUACGCCAGAGGACCAGCGAAGUCGCUCGCAGCCGAGAACGAAAAUGCGGAAGCCGAAUCCAAGACGGGAUCCAUGCUGGGUGAUCUGCUGUUUGGGAAGCUCUCUACAAAAACGAGUCCCGCCGCUUUUGACGAAGUACCUCGUCCCAUGUCCAUGAUUGGAUCUCCGAUGGCGAUUUCGCCACUGGUCGAAGAUAGGGACACACUACAGAAGACGACGAAGAAGGAUGAAGACAAACUUCUCGACGAUCAGUACUUCACUGAUUUGUACGGCGAAACGCACUAUGUUCACCUCCGAUCCUUGGAGCUGAAACUCCGGCCUCGGUACGAUUACAUGCGGCGACAGAGGGACAUCUCGUCCGACAUGAGAAGCGUCCUCGUCGACUGGCUCGUUGAAGUCAAUGAGGAGUACCAGCAAUCCGAUGAGAGCCUUUUCCUGACUGUGUCACUGAUCGAUAGGUUUCUAUCGAUGAUGUCGGUGGUCCGUGGAAAACUUCAACUGGUCGGGACAGCGGCCAUCCUGGUCGCCGCGAAAGUGGAGGAAAUUUACCCGCCGCAACUCACAGACUUGGUCUACAUAACCGAUGAUACUUACACAGCAUCCCAAAUAAUUCGGAUGGAGGCUCUCCUGCUGAAAAACCUCGAGUUCUUCAUCGGGAACGCUCACGCUCUCACGUUCAUCCAAAGUUUCGGCAUCAUGGCUCAAAUAAGCAAGCGGAUAGCUCACAUGGCGCAGUAUAUCUGCGAGUUGUCGCUACUCAAGAUCGAAUCCCUCGCUUUCCGGCCGAGCGAGUUGGCAGCCGCAGCGAUCCUGCUGGCCCUCCACCACAUCGAGGGAUCCAUCGAGCGAUGGACUCCGGCCAUUCACGAGUUUUCGGGAAUCGACUCGAGGCAAAUGCAGUGUGCAGUUAAUUUCCUCCAAACAAUUCUGUUGCAAGCCAAUAGUUCGCCGCAUAGAGCCAUACGCAACAAGCACGCUCAUCGGAAAUACUCUUCGGUAUCAUUGCUACCAGUGCGACCGACGGCUCCUCAUGUUGAAACGCUUUAGGAGAAGGUUCUUAUCCUGAGUUGGCAAUGGAAAAGAGAACUUACAUCGUCCGGGAUAAUAAGCUUGUGGAAGCGACGCCCCGAACGAUCAGAGCAGGGAAUCAAGCCGCUUAUUGUUGCUGAUUGAGACGUCGAGGAAAGCUCCGUCCAAUCGUUGUUUCCGCGCCUGUUCUGACUUGUUGUACCUCAAAUCGAUCUCUCACACCGACACAUGACUUGUAUACUCUGGAAGGGAACGAUCUUCGAUCGGUCAGUCGGUCAAUCAAUCGGCUCCGCCGAUCCUUGGCCGGACGGUUGAAUUGUAUAACGUGUGACAUCUUGAAUUGUAUGUAUUUAAGGAAUAUCAUAAUUAUAACCACUUGCGAAAUCUGAUGGCAGCUCAAUCGCGACAGGAACUAGUGAACGAAUAAUAAAAGACUGCCUCAAUCAUU